CUACCUCACCUCCCCUCCAUCCCGACACAGCAGCGCAGCAUAGAAUAAGAAACAUGUCCUUCCUAAGACUCGCCCCCACAGCCACCCGCCUCGCCACGCCCUCCACCUUCGGAUCCAAAUCCAGUCUCUCCGAUGCCCUGGCCCUGUUGCCUCCGCUUCCGCUCUACCGACGGAUUCUCCAUGCGUAUCCUCGGGAUGGAUAUGUGAAGAGUGAAUUUAGGGCGCAUAAGAAUGUGGAGAAUCCGUUGCAUAUUAUCGGCUUCCUUACCGAAUGGCAAUUAUAUGCUCAGAAACUGGAGGGGGAUAUGUGGGUGGGGGAGAAGUUGGAGAAGGCCAAGUUGGAUAAGAUGAGUGAUCAGCAGAUUGGACAGUUGUAUGAGUUGAUGCAGGCGAUUCAGAAUAAGGAUGGGGAGGGGGAGGGGGAGGGAGAGGGGAAGAAAUGAAUAGUGGGUAGAUGAGAAGAAAAGAAGAAAAGAAGAAAAGAAGAAGGAUACCCUGAUUGUACG